UGGUUUUGGGUUUUCCCUAAAUAUCUUCUCUGACCACUCUGUGUGGUCUAAAAUCUAAAUUAUCUAUAAAAAAAAAUAAUACAGGAAUUGAAAUCUUUGUCAAAUUUGGUAAUUGGGAUUUAACAAUUUCCAGCAUAAACAGGGAAUAUAUUUACUGAGAUCCAAGGUGCUGUUGACGUUAGAAGAUCGUUCUGUGUGUGAGCUUUUCCGGCCAAGAACUGCUUUAGUGUUAUCAACUUUUUUGGAAGAGAUGCAUCUGUGGCCAUCAUUGAAACUUCGAAACUCCUUCAAGAGCACUAGCCAGAAGAGAUUUCAAAGGAUGAACAGUGGCAAACAAAGCCAAAGCAAUCAGCAGAAACUCCUUGACGGCGACAACAAAGAAUCAGGCAACCCGGAGAUUUCAUCUGGUGGUGGGUUUGCUCUUGUUUGCAGAGAUGUUGCCAUGGUUCUUUCUUGCUGCUACUGCUGUUUCUGCUGUGGAGCUUGCGUUGAUGAUGAAGAGAUUUGAUGCAAGAUCCUGAUGGAGGAGGAGGAUGUGAACAG